AUGCACGCCCGGCUCGCCGCUGGGGCGCUCGCCCGCGCUUCCCGGCACUCCGCGCACCGCGCCGCCUGUGCCAGCGUUGCUCGAACCAUCUGCACCACUUCCCGCGUGCUUCCGUCAACCACGGCAUGUGCUCGUCAUACUUUGGACAAGGCUCAUCUUCCGGGAGCCGGCAGAAUCAGCCGUCGAUCAUACGCGGGCUGCGGCUGUCGAGGCGCCAAGCGUACCACGACAGCCUACAUUGCCCUCGGCGGCAACUUGGGCGACCGCGUCGCCGAGAUUGAGCGCGCCUGCAAUGAAAUGGACAAGCGAGGGAUCAACGUCACUCGCACGAGUAGCCUCUGGGAGACGGAACCAAUGUACGUCAAGGACCAAGACCGCUUUCUCAAUGGAGUCUGUGAGGUCGAAACUGAACUAGAGCCAAUGGCUCUGCUUGAUGAGCUCCAGUCGAUAGAAAGGGACCUGGGUCGUCGCAAACUCAUCGACAAGGGCCCACGAAACAUUGACCUCGAUAUUCUGCUCUACGGUAAUGAGAGGAUAUCCAACGAAAGAUUGACCGUACCUCAUAUUGGCAUUCCCGAACGUGAAUUCGUACUCCGACCACUUUCCGAACUCAUCCCCUCCAAGUCCAUUGACCCAUCCAAGCCGUGGAAGCUCGUACAGGACUACCUCAAUGAUCUACCCGGCAGCGAGCCCUUGUUCUGCGUCACGCGGCUCUCGGCCCACGCGGCACCGCUCACGCCGCUCACGCCAACCCGCGCCUCACGCAUCAUGGCCAUCCUCAACGUCACCCCCGAUUCCUUCUCUGACGGCGGCCGGCAUGCGGCGGCCGACCUGUCCAGCACUGUACUCGACAUGGUCCGCGGUGGUGCCACCAUCAUCGACGUCGGCGGCCAGUCUACCGCGCCGGGCCGGCCCGAGAUCGAGGCCGAUGAAGAGGCCGCGCGCGUGCUACCUGCUGUCGCGCUCAUCCGGAGCAUGCCCGCUUGCCAGGCCGUGUCAGUCAGCGUUGACACGUACCGCGCCAGCGUCGCCGCGCAGGCCAUUGCGCUCGGCGCUGAUAUCAUCAAUGACGUGUCCGCUGGCGCGCUCGAUGCCGACAUGCUGCCCACCGUCGGCCGCCUCGGCGCAACUAUUUGUCUGAUGCACAUGCGCGGUACCCCGCGGACCAUGGCGCAGCUCACCGACUACUUCAGCGAGGGCGGCGUCGUGCCCGCUGUCGCCACCGCGUUGCUGGCCCGCGUCGCCGCCGCCGAAGCCGCGGGCAUCCGCCGCUGGCGCAUCAUGCUCGACCCGGGCCUCGGCUUCGCCAAGACGACAACACACAACCUCACGCUGCUCCGGCGCCUCGACGAGCUGCGCGCAUGGCCCGGUCUCGAAGGCCUGCCGUGGCUCGUCGGUGCCAGCCGCAAGGCGUUUGUCGGACAGGCCACCGGUGUCGCGGACCCCGCGGGGCGGACCUGGGGCACCGCCGCCGCCGUCGCCGCCGCCGUCCAAGGCGGGGCAGACGUGUUGCGCGUCCAUGACGUCGAGCAGAUGGCGGCCGUUGCCGCCAUGUCAGAUGCCAUUUGGAGAGUCUAG